ACGUGUGUGUGUGUGUGUGUGUGUGUGUGUCGCAGGUCUGCUGCACGGCGCGGGUCUCUGGCAGCUUCCCAAACAGCUGCACCUGCCGACUGACACCAGAUCAGCCGACGCCUCCAACAGCCACGUCAAAUACAUCUGGAAGAUGCUGCAGUCUCUGGGCCGUCCCGAGCUGCACAUGGCUCUAGACGUGCGUAUGGUGAGCGGAUCGGGGCAGGAACACGUCGGCUGUCUGCUGCUCAGCGGAGAGGUUCUGUUCGUCGUCAGUGUGUGUGAAGACGCGCAGCAGCAGGCCUUUCCCAUCACUGAGAUCCAGUGUGAACACGACACACACACACCUGGACGCAUCACACUCACACUGCAGCAGCACCGGGUGACCAGUGACACUGAGGUGGACGGGGCUCGUGAGCGUCUCUCUGAGCUGCAGUACAGUCGGCUGGUGGAUUUCGUGACCGGGGCGUCUCAGUAUUUGUCUCCGUCUCUGUCGUCCCUCCAUCAGCAGCCUCCCGUCACUCCUGCCGAGCCGCAGCCCACCGUCUCCAAAACAUACCAGUAUCACGCCGACCCGGCCUUCACACGCGUGUUCGUCUGCAAGUUCAACAUGGUGAAAAACAAAGCGCUGCGCAUCGGCUUCCACUGAAAUCCAGACUUCAUGUUUGUUAUUUAAAGAGUAAAACACUUUAUUAUCAUUUAUUAACGUCACUACAUCGGCCAGAGCUCGUCUCUGAUUGGCUGCUUCUGUAUGAAUGAGGUGGAUGUGAUGCUUUAAACCAAAAGGCCUUUCGUUUUGUAUUUUUAUAAGCAAUGCAAGAAAGAUGAUUUACUGUCAUUUCAUUAUUUGCUCCUGUAUUCUUGUCUAAUGAAAAAUGAGUGUCAUUAUAUAAUCUGCUUUUGUAAAUAAAGUAUAAUUAGCUAAAGCUGUACAGUGCAUCAUCACGCUGACGUGUCAUUUGUUCGGUCCAGGCUCUGCCUUCGAUGCGACAGACAAGCGUUCAUGUUUUUCAGCUCAGUGUUCGUUCUGAUUCUUCGUCUGAUCAGAUGCGCGUCUGG